AUGGGUACUCAAUUAUACUUAAAUAAGUACUCGCUGCGGAUGUACGGAAAACAUUAUACAACUGGUUGUACGUUAUAUAUUGUAUUAAUCUUCUGAUUCUUGGAGUAAAAAUUGCACUUAUGAAUGAAUGACAGUCAUGGAUAGAGGAAAUGGCCAAAUAUUUGAAGUCAAUAGACACUAACCAUCUGGUAGAAGCCGGUUUGGAAGGAUUCUAUGGCCAAUCAUCUCCCCGCAGCAACAAUCUGAACCUCAGCCUCAACGUCGGGACGGAUUUCAUCUCCAACAAUCGGAUCUCCGCCAUUGAUUUUGCAACCACCCACGUCUAUCCAGAUCAAUGGCUGUCAAGCUCGAACGACGAAGCCCAGCGGGCAUUCCUCGACAGCUGGCUAGAUUCCCACAUCCGGGACUCACAGAUCGCGCUGAGGAAGCCGCUGCUCGUCUCGGAAUUCGGGAAAUCCCGCAAGGACGCGGCGUUCACCUCCGAUCAGAGGGACGCUCUCUACAACGCCGUGUUCUACAAGAUAUAUUACUCCGCCAAACGCGGCGGAGCCGCCGCCGGGGGGCUAUUCUGGCAGCUGUUUGCGGAGGGGAUGGAGAACUUCGGGGAUGGAUACGAGAUUGUGCUGAGCCGGAGGAGUCCGACUGCGAAUCUGAUCGCUCAGCAGGCACACAAGCUUGGCCAGAUCCGGAAGAUCUUGGCCAGGAUGACGGAGGCUCGGCGGCGGCGGCGGCAGAGAGGAGGAGCUUCCGGUCGCGGCAAGGGGAAGCGAAUUGGAAACUGAUCCGUAGUACUGUAGUUGUACGAUUUUGAAGUGGUAAAUUUUCCGCUAAAAAGUUUUAAAAAAAUGGAAGAGUACACCAAAUGUUCCCCACCCCUUCCUUGUCCAUUAAAAAAGGUAAAAAAAUUUAAAAAAAUAAGUAAAUAUAAAUCAAAUAAAAAUGUGUGGAGGAAAAGAGGGUGGUGUACAUUUUGGAGUACACCAAGUGUACCCCUAGCAUUACUCAAAAGUUUUUAGUAAUUUUCAAAAUCUACCCCAUACGAAUGAAUAUCAGGAAUUCAA